CAAGAGCGCCGCGGCCGCCGCUCACUCCCCCCGUGACGGGCGUCCCGGCGGCACCGGGGGGCGUCCGCGCCGCCGCCGCCAUGAGCGGCCCUUACCCCGAGGAGAGCUGCGCCGAGCGCCCCGACUGCAAGAGCAAAUCGCCUACGCUGCUCUCCUCCUACUGCAUCGACAGCAUCCUGGGCCGCCGCAGCCCCUGCAAGGUGCGGCUGCUGGGCGCUGCGCCCACCCUGCCCGCGGGGGCCGCCCGGCCAGAGCCCCCCGACGGCGCCGCGCAAGGUUCCCCGAAGAGCAGCCCCCCCUUCGAGCCGGCUGAGCUGCACCUGCCCCCCAAGCUGCGGCGGCUGUACGGGCCGGGCGGCGGGCGGCUGCUGCCGUCGGGGCCGCGAGGGGAGCGGCCGGAAGGGCGGCCGGAGGGAGGCGCCGGAGCCGGGGCGGCGGCCGGGGCAGGGGCCGGUCCCGCGCCGUGGGACACGCUGAAGAUCAGCCACGCGCCUCAGGUCAGCAUCAGCCGCAGCAAAAGCUACCGCGAGAACGCGCCCUUCGCUCCGCCGCCGCCCGCCCGUGACGAACCGGGGAGCGGAGCCCCGCACGUCGAGGAGCGGCCCGGCCCCGCCGCGCCGGCCGCCGGGGAGGAGGAGGAGGACGAGGAGAUGCUGGAGGAGGAGGAGGACGAGGAGGAAGAAGAGCUGGAGGAGGACGACGAGGAGGAGCUGCUGGGAGAGGACGGCGGGGGGCUGCUGGAGGAGGCCCGCCGGGGCACCGGAGCGGCGCCGGGGGCGGAGGGCGGGGGACUGUCCCCCAAAGAGGAGCUGCUGCUGCCGCCCGAGGACGGCGAGGGCAAGGACGGAGAGGAGAGCGUGUGCCUGUCGGCCGGCAGCGACUCCGAGGAGGGGCUGCUCAAAAGGAAGCAGCGCCGCUACCGCACCACGUUCACCAGCUACCAGCUGGAGGAGCUGGAGAGGGCCUUCCAGAAAACGCACUACCCCGACGUCUUCACCAGGGAGGAGCUGGCCCUGCGCCUGGAGCUGACGGAGGCCCGUGUGCAGGUAUGGUUCCAGAACCGUAGGGCUAAGUGGCGGAAGAGGGAAAAGGCUGGGGCUCAGACACACCCCCCAGGUUUGCCUUUCCCUGGUCCCCUGUCCGCACCUCACCCCCUCACUCCGUACCUUGAUGCUAGUCCUUUCCCUCCUCACCACCCAGCUCUAGACUCCGCCUGGACCGCCGCCGCCGCCGCCGCCGCGGCCGCCGCCUUCCCGGGCCUGCCGCCUCCUCCGCCCGGCUCCGCCGCGCUGCCCCCCGCCGGGACCCCGCUGGGCCUCGGCACGUUCCUGGGCGCGGCCGUGUUCCGGCACCCCGCCUUCAUCAGCCCCGCCUUCGGCAGGCUCUUCUCCACCGUGGCCCCGUUGGGCAGCGCGCCCGGCGCCGCGGCGGCUCUUCUGCGGCAACCGGCGCCGGCGGCGGCCGAGGGCGCGGUGGGCGCGGGGCUGGGGGAGCCGGGAAGCGCCGCCGCCGCCGACCGUCGCGCCUCCAGCAUCGCGGCGCUGCGGCUGAAGGCCAAGGAGCACGCGGCGCAGCUGACGCAGCUCAACGUGCUGCCCGGCGGCGGAGCGGGCAAGGAGGUGUGCUGAGAUGGGCCGAGCUGCGCCCGGCCGCCGGGCGGACGGGGCGGGCGGAGCCGGGACCCCGCCGGGAGCGGCGAUAGUAAAUCGUAAUUCCUAACGAUGAAGGACCGGCGGCGGAGCCCCCCGCGACGGCGUUUCCCCCUCCUCACCCCGCACACCCCGCCUCCGUCCGACUCCGGCGCUCACGCCGAACCGGAGCGCGGCGAACCAAAGGGAACGAACGGCGCCGCCGGGGCGCGGGGCCGCGACUGUGUACAUAGCGAUGUGAUAAAACGCGGCGAACGAACGGACGCGCCGCGGAGCUUUGUAUAUGGGAGAUGACGGUGUUAGAAAGGCGCCGAGCUCGGCGUGCGCCUCCGUGGCUGCGCGGGGCCGCGGGGUCCCGGGAGGCGGCGGCGCGGGGCGCUCCGUGCGCGGCGGGCGGUGGCGACGGCGGGCGGGGGGGGAGGAGGAGAGGGGCGAACGGGUGUAUGGAACGGCCGAGAGAAACGGCGUCAAAAUGGACAAGAAAAGGACGGAAAAAAGCUCCCCAAAUAUGAAACGGCACGGAGCCGGCGGCGGCCGCACCCCGUCAUCGGGCGUCUCCGAGCGCCUUUCCCCAUCCGUUCAUUCCUCUUUUAUAUUUAUGUAUCCCUCCUUUUUCUUAUCUGCUUUUGUAUCGUUUAUUUUGUAGCACUCGCUUUUUUCUUCGCUUUUUUCUUUUUCCUUUUUUUUUCUUUUUUUCUUUUUUUUUUUUUUUUUCUUUUUCCCCUUCGUUAUUUCCUUAUAACGAUUUCCCGUUCGUCUUUUAUUUUGUCGGGCUUUGGUUUGACUUUCAAUUCGCUCUGUCUAUUUUACUUCUCUUUCCUCCGGCGCUACGUUCGGAAGCGGCCGCGGCCGUCGCUUCCCGGGCCGGCUCCGUGGGGUUCCGUGCGAGCCCCGGGCUCAGCCCCGCACUCGGGCACACACGCGCACCGCACCCCCGGCGCUAUUGGGGGGUCUCCAAAGCCACCACGAGCGCAAUAAUAACGCUAACGAUAAUAACAAUAAAAUGUAAUGGGGAAAGUCA